AUGACAACUCCGCAAGAUAUUCGUAUUGUUGUAGCAAUUGAUUUUGGCACCACUUUUAGUGGCUUCGCAUACAGCCAUAUCAAUAAUCAAGGUUCUUUUGAAGGCAUUUCAUUGAAAAAUCAAUGGCCUGGACGAAAGAAAAAUAGUGUGAUAGUACAAUACAAAGCAAACACGUUGCUUCAAUAUGAUAAUGAAUUGAACUUAAUGAAUUGGGGAUGUGGCGUGGUUGCAGAGAAAGGAAAUUUCAAGGGAAAAGAAGCUCCAGAGAAAGAAUCAAUGGUUGCUAAAUUGUUCAAAUUGUAUUUAGCAAAUUUAAAUGAUCCGCCGCCAUUGCCAGAGGGACUGGAUUAUAGACAAGCCAUCAUAGAAUAUUUAACGAAAUUAAAAGAGUUAAUUAUAGAAUCUUGUGAUAAACGUUGGCCUGGAUUACGAUUUCCUGAACAAUUUCGAAUAGUUUUUUCGGUGCCUGCAGAAUAUGGACUAAUUCAGAGAUACGUGAUGAGACUUUGUGCACACAAUGCUGGUCUAUUAGAAAAGGAAGAUUCAGCAAACUUGGAAUUCACAACAGAAUCUGAAGCGGCCGCGCUUUGGUGUCUGAAACAUGCAGAUCAAUAUGAGUUACGAGAAGGAGAUUCUUACCUUGUUGCGGAUUGUGGCGGCGGCACAACCGAUCUUGCGAUUUUUUCCAUAACUAAUAAAGAUAAGCUAGACGAAAUGACUGAACGUUCUGGUGCAGCUUACGGCGGAUCAUAUGUCGACCAAAGAUUCGUAAAAGAACUUGAAAACCGUGUAGGCAAAAACGUGAUAAAAUACUUGUGUCAAAAAUAUUUUUCGCGUUACCUCCAUUUAAUGGACUAUUUUUGCCACCACAUAAAAUUCGGCUUCACUGGCAUCGAAGAAGAUUUCGAAGAUAUAGAAAUGGAUAUCGACGUGGUUUGUCCGAUGAUAAAGAAAUUCGUCGAGAAAGAAAAGGAAGCAAAAUUAGUGGAAGACGAAUGGAUAAUCACUUUUGAUUUUAACGAUAUAAAACAAAUGUUUGAUCCGUCGAUUAACCAAGUCAUCAAGUUGAUUGAUGAGCAAAUUUACAAAUCGAAAGAUGAACGAUCGAUAAAGUAUAUUUUCCUGGUUGGUGGAUUUAGCGAGUCGCCUUACCUGCAGAAAGUAGUUCGAGACUAUUUCGAACUAGCGGGUCAACAAAAAGUCGUUAUUCCUUCUGAGCCACUUACUGCCGUAUUAAGAGGAGCAGCUUAUUAUGGGUUAAAUAUGGGCGUAUUAAAAAUGCGAGUUCUAAAAAGAACUUACGGCCUAAGAGUAACACGAGUCUGGGACGAGCUAAAAGACUCAAAAAUUUACAAAAAUGAUGACGGUACUGUAUACGGAUUUGAUAAACUCGUUACGCGUGGCGAAAAAAUUCCAGUCGAUCACAAGGUGACACGUGAGUAUAUAGCACCGAAAUCAAAAUAUUCGGGAAUAACUUUUCGUGUUUUCAUGUCAAAACUCGAGGAUCCAGAGUAUAUUUAUCAAAAAGAGGUAAUUGCGGUGGGGAAUGUUUCGAUUGUUAUUCCUGAAGAAGAUCUUGUGCCUGAUCGAAAAAUCGAGUUUUCGUUGACCUUUGGAUCUUUUGAAAUUAAAGCCACCGCAAAAAAACAUAAUAAAACAUACGAGGCUUUUUUCGUAUUGGAUACUUGA